AUAUUCGAAUAGUGGUUUGUCUAUCGAUAGACAAACUAAAGACAAUCAAUUAGCAACCUGUUUUCUAAAUAAACAGAAGCAACGUAGAAAGGUGGAGAAACAGUCCUUGACCCGUUAUUAUCAACCUGACGACUUUAUAUAAAUAGAAAGGAGAGAGAACAUUUUUAAAACUUGGCUUCACUACAUGGAUUGACGACUGUCAUGCGGAAACACUCAAACUGCUGAUCGACUUCAAUCCCUCGAGACGACAUGGAGUUGGAGGAGGUAAAUAUGGCCGAUCAGCCGGACGAAGACGAAGUAAGUGUUCCUUUGACGAAGAAAAAGCCACGUCCGAUGGAACGCAUGGUUUCUUUUAACGAAUCCGAAGAUAUUCCUCAUCAUGCCAACACUCGUCGCGCUUCUACUUUUUCUAGGGCAUCCCUUCGAAGGGCCUCGCUCAUCCAGAGCAGAAUCGGAAGCGCUAGUAUACGAAGACCAUCUACUCAAAGUAUAGCCAGUAGAGGCAAUUGGGGGAGCAAAUGGGAGUUUCUCCUCUCCUGCGUCGGCUUGUCCGUGGGGAUCGGAAACGUAUGGAGAUUUCCUUACUUGGCAUACGAAAAUGGUGGCGGCGCGUUUUUAAUUCCGUACCUGCUAAUGCUACUUCUGGCAGGUAAGCCCAUGUACUUUAUGGAAUUAUCUUUUGGACAGUUUGCCGGGUUGGGCCCUCUUUCCAUAUGGUCGUGUUUACCCAUAGCUAAAGGAAUAGGAUAUGCCAUGGUGACCGUCUGUCUAAUUGUAGUCAUUUAUUAUAACGUGAUCAUGGCGUACACACUGUACUACAUAGGAGCUUCGUUUCAAUCGGUCGUACCUUGGAGCAGGUGCGAUCCGGAAUGGGCUUCCGGUACCACCUGCCACAUCAGAGGAGAAGAAUUUAACCACACAACGAAUCACUCCAAGACUUCCAGUCAAGUAUAUUGGGAACGUUCCGUUUUGCAACUGACGGACGGCAUCGAUAAUCUAGGAGGGAUUAAAUGGGAAUUAGCCUUAUGUCUAUUGAUCUCUUGGAUUAUUGUGGUCAUUUGUCUCAUUAAAGGAAUAAAGACGUCCGGAAAGGUGGUUUACUUCGCCGCAACCUUCCCCUAUUUUAUACUCAUAACGCUCUUGAUAACGGGUUUGAUACAGGAAGGAGCUUUUACGGGAGUUCUUUACUUUAUAACUCCAACGUGGAACAAGUUAUUAGACAUUCAGGUUUGGCAAGCGGCCGCCGGACAAAUGUUUUUCUCUUUGGGCGUAUCUAUGGGAGCUUUAAUUAUGUACAGCAGCUACAAUGACUUUAGAAAUAAUAUUUUUAGAGAUGCCAUGGUGGUGAGCAUUUUAGAUACAUUAACGAGUAUCGUUUCGGGUAUGGUUAUUUUCUCAGUAUUGGGAGCUAUGGCUCACGAUCUCGGUGAUAAUAUCGAAGAUGUGGUAGCCAGUGGUCCAGGACUGGCUUUUGUGGCUUAUCCCGAUGCACUUUCUAGACUUCCAGUGCCUCAAUUAUGGGCCGUACUUUUCUUUCUAAUGUUGUUUAUUCUCGGUCUAGACAGCGAAUUUGCACUCCUAGAGAACGUCUUAACGAGUAUGUCCGAUGAAUUUCCCAUCUUAAGAAAGCACAAGAUGAUAUUUUGCAUUGUAGCCGGAAUUGUCUGCUUCUUUUUAGGUCUUCCCUGUGUUACCAGAGGAGGACAAUACGUCUUGGAAUUAAUGGACAAAUAUGGAGGAGGGAUAGCCAUAGUAUUAGUAGCUGUGAUGGAAAGUGUAGCAUUAAUGUGGAUCUAUGGAGUCGAUCGGUUCUGUGACGAUAUUAAAUUCAUGUUAGGCACAAGACCCAAUGCUUAUUGGAGAAUCACUUGGACCGUUACGGCGCCUCUUAUAUUAGCCAUGGUGUUUAUCUAUUCCUUAAUUAAGCACAAACCCAUUAAAUAUGGCGAUUACGAUUAUCCUGAUUGGGCAGACGGAAUCGGUUGGUUCUUGGCACUCGUUUCGAUCGUGCAAAUACCCAUUUGGGCCGUAUAUACGGUGCUAAAACAGAAUGGCAAAGACAUAAAAAUGAAAUUCAAGCAGUCCAUCAUCCCUACCGAAGAAUGGGGUCCUGCCGACGAAGAACUGAAAGACGAUUGGAAAUCUGGUUUAAAAACUAUGAUUAUGAUAGAAAAAGAUUCGUCAAAUGAUAAAUACGAAAUCCAAGAAAAUUCAGCAUUUUAUCAAGAGCCUUAGACUUUCAAAAUGUCUUUUUUCAAGCUGAAAUUUCUGAAAAUAAUGUCAACGUGGAGUUAAGUCGACAUCUUCCUCUCACUCGAAUUGAGUCAGUGACUCAAAAUGAUUCUUAAUUCCGUCAUGCACGCAAUACAUAUAAACAUUAGUCAUAGUAUAUUACAGUAUUAGUAUUUUUGUAUGUACAAAAAUAUAUAUAUAUUUGUAUAUAAAUAGUUUAAUUUUUUACUGUCUUAGUUUUUGUACAAUGUAUUUUUAGAUACAUGUAUUUGUUUAUUAAGCAAUAUGUACGGGAUUUUUUAUCCAUUUGUUAUUUUAAAUUCAAAAAAAAUCGUUGCGGUGUAUUAAAAACAAAUGAUAUCGUGUAUACGUAGUGUACAGCGCACUAUAGUUAAAAUAU